UCUCUCUCUCGCCCCCUCGCCCUCCCCUCCCGUUCUCUCGAGUCUCGCUCUCGUCCCCUACUCUCUCUCUCUCUCUGAACCUCAAAUCGAUCCAAUCCAUCAAUCUUAGUUCCGAAGCUCGAACCCUAGCCUGAUCAACUUUCAUUUCACAUCGAAGCAAACCCUAGCGAUCUCCUCCACCGCCUCAUUCGCUCUCAACGCCUCCAUUAUCAGAAUCUUGGAGGCGAGAGGGUCUCCGAUCCUUCAUCUUCAUCAUCAUCAUCUCGAAGUUGUAGCUGCUCGAGCGCUGAGGCCGUCGCUGCUUGCGUCACCGUUGACGCCGCUCAAACUCAUUGAGGUCUCGCGUUUUCAGGUGGGAAGGUGAAACCCUUCAAGCAACCCAAGGUUGACUAGAAGGAAUACGACGAGCUCAACUGCUGCAUUUUGACAUGCGGCUUCAGAUUGGGAAAAUUCUCCGUGCCUCGAGAUGGGUGAGGGAUAAGGAAAUGACAAUCUGGAUUAUGAUAAAUGUUAGAGCAGCAUGUAUGGCUAUUGAAUGUUACACAUAUUAGUUAAUGGCAUCGGUUUUCUGAUCCAGUGGGCCACCAUAUAUACGCAUAGUUUGGCUCAGUGGCGCAUAAUGGAGUUUUGUCCAACUUGUGGGAUGAUGUUGCAGAUUGAGCCUGCAAGCAGUGGGCGUAAGAUGAGGUUCUCUUGCCCAACUUGUCCGUAUGUUUGCUCCAAUGAGAGCAAGAUUGUUAGGAAAGUAAAACUUAAGAAGAAGGAUGUUGAUCCCAUCAUCAGAUGGGAAGAGUCCAUGCAAUCCCUCCCCAAAGGCCAAGCAACAUGUGCCAAAUGUGGGAAUAAUGAAGCAUACUUCUACCAGAUGCAGAUUCGAUCUGCCGAUGAACCCAUGACUACGUUUUAUACAUGCUGCAAUGAGGGGUGUAAGCAUGAGUGGAGAGAGGACUAAGUAUUUUCCUCAUCUGUUGCCUUCUUGUUAAAAUUUUUUGCAUUGUUAGGACUUGAAGUACCAGUUCGGUAAGGAGCGUGACUAAACAGAAGAGUUGAGGUGAUAUUAGGAGACCUAAUGUUAGGAAUUUAUUCUGCUCUUUUGUGUAAUUCAAGUUCAGCUAGAAGUUUUGAUAUUGGGAAAGUGCUCGGUGAUUUGAGAAUGUUUCCUUUUCAUUUUA